AUGUCUCGUGAUGAGUUACAUGACGCAGUUCGCAGUGCUGGAGAACAAAUAGAGCAACGAUACUGGCUUAUUCACAAAGGCGGUUACACUGUUGUACGGCUUCUCGAGCUCCUUCCAGAUGGGAGAGCCCUUAUUCGAGUUGCAGGUCGUGAGAUGACCGUUGAUUCAACUGAUAUUGACAGAAUGAAUCCUACAAAUCUGGAUCGAGUCGGCGAUGCGGCUGCACUUUGUUAUCUAAAUGAGACCAGCGCUGUACAUUUACUGCGGCAGCGAUUUGGUUGCAAUCUCAUGUACACGAAUGCUGGCCUUAUCAGUCUAGUUUGUCUCACCUCCAUUGAGGAGGGUGCAGUUGGUCAAGAUCGACUUGUUUCUCUGUUCAAAGGAUGUCGACGAGGACAAAUGCCUGCCCACAUUUACGCUACUGCGCAACAGGUAUAUAGGAAUCUCCAAAUGACGGGUCAUAAUCAGUGCAUUGUGCUGACGGGCAACAGCGGUAGCGGAAAGACCACUCAGCUUCGUAACUUUGUACAUUAUCUUGCGGAAGUAGCUGGUUGGACGAGGAGUUUGCCA